CGCUCUUUCUCUCUUUCUUUGACUCUCACAAGCACGCAUACUCGCAUCGCAAGGACAGAGACUGCGCAACCUACGACGACGAAGCACGACACUACAUUGAAUCCAACACGCGCAUCAACAACCCACAUCCGCCAGCCAGGUCCAUCUCAUCCCACCCCACCCACCCCAAUAGUUUUCACGAACCUCGCUAAACUCUAUAUCCUCUUCCUUGUUGCAAGACUUUGUAUCAAACGCCAACAACGACACUCGACAAGGAUAGACGCGUCGAAAGAGAUCCCUCAGAGAGUAUCCACCCACCCACGACAUCUCCCUCCACCAGCCCACCCCUGUUGGCUCGGCACGCACAGGCGUUUGUGAAUCGGCCCGCCAUUGUCACCCCCUCCAUCACAUUCACCCUUGACCCAGAGGCAUCGCUUUCUAGCAGCGCAGCAACCUCCAAAGUCUUUUCUCGGACCAGUGACAUUUGUCGUCUCUGCUUGGACAUAACUCGACAAGAGACAGGCAUCUCGCUCAAGCGCCCGCAUCACACCACCGCGACCCCCCUUCUCGCCUCACUCCACUCACCCCCUUCCCUCCCCGCCAAGCCCCUAUUCCGCACCGUGACCACGGCCACGUCUCCUCCGUCCUCGACCCAUAACUCCAAUCCCACAUUCACACGCACACCACCCAUCUCACAAUGGCAAUGCAAUACCAGAGCCAGCCACAACAGCACCCAGGCUAUGGCGGCGCGCCUCCUCCAGGUGGCCCUGCUGGCGCCUACGGCGGCGGCGGCGGCAACAACGGAUACCCCAUCAACACGAAUGGCAACCUGCCGCCGCUUCCGCCCCAACAAGCCAACAACUCUCCCUACGGCCAAGCCGACCUGGGCUACGGCUACCCCGACGGCGGAUCAGCACGCUCAUCACAGGUCCGCAUGGAGUCGGGCCCAAGGCCGCUGAUGGACCAAUCCCAUCUUCGGCCAGGAAACUCUGCAGAGCUUCUCUCGCACGACCGCACGCUCGAGCUGUACCGCGAAAAUGCCAAGAAGACAAACGACCCCGAGAUCAUAUUCGAGUUUGCAGUCUUCAUGAUCGAUGCGGCAAAGUCGAUGGUGGCCCCGGCCAACCCAGACGACCCAGCCGACCCUGCCAACAGGCCCAACCGUGUUGUGCUCGAGAAGCGCGACGAGCUCGUCAAGGAGGCUACCUCGCUGCUCAGACGUCUCGCAGACCGCGGAUACCCCGACGCCCAGUACUACCUGGCCGACUGCUACGCCAACGGCAUUGGAACGCCCCGCGGCAAGCAGGACUUUGACAAGGCGUUCCCCCUCUUCUCCCUCGCCGCCAAGCACGGACACCCUGACGCAUGCUACCGCGCCGGUACGUGCUGUGAGCACGGAUGGGGCACUCGCCGAGAGAGCGCCAAGGCGAUCCAGUACUACAAGAAAGCGGCAGUUGGUCUCCACCCUGGCGCCAUGUACCGCCUCGGCACUGCGGAGCUCAACGGCUCACUAGGAUUGUCCAAGCGACCAAAGGAGGGAGUCAAGUGGCUCAAGCGUUCCGCCGAGCAUGCCACCGAGGAGUUCCCCCAUGCCCUCCACGAGCUCGCUCUCCUGCACGAGCGCGGUAUCGACAACAUUGUGUUCAUCGACCUCGAGUAUGCUGCGGAUCUUCUUGCACAGGCCUCGGAGCUCGGCUACGCUCCCUCGGCAUUCAAGCUCGGCGAGUGCUACGAGUAUGGCAAGAUGGGCUGCCCCGUCGAUGCGCCCCUGUCGAUCCACUACUACAACAUCGCCGCGCAGCAGGGCCACCGCGAAGCGUGCUUUGCCCUCACGGCGUGGUACCUUGUCGGUGCGGAGGGCGUCCUGCCCCAGUCGGACACGGAAGCGUACCUCUGGGCCAAGAAGGCUGCCGACCAAGGCCUUGCAAAGGCACAGUACGCCCUUGGGUACUUUACCGAGACUGGCGUUGGAGUCGAGCCCAACCUCGCCAACGCGAUGAAGUGGUACCGCCUCGCGACUGAUGGCGGUGACAAGCGCGCGGCCAAGCGCCUUGCGCAGGGCAUGUCGGGCGCGGGCGCGCUCAACCGCAGACUCGAGGUCGAGGCCAUGAAGGGCGGCGGCGGCGCGCCCGGCAAGAAGGAGGACAAGGGCGACUGCAUCAUCAUGUAGGCGGGGCAUCGUGCCCGAUACCACCACGACAGCGACGACACGAGUACCCCCCUAGACGACGUUGACAGACAUUACACCAUUGAUUAGAGUUUCCAUUCUGGGCAGCGGCGUGAGCUCCCAUAGCCCAGUGUAUCUAGUAUGCGC